UUCAAUAAAUCUAAAAUAUAAACAAAAGUCUUAUGAGGUUAUUAUUAUAAUAUGUGAGUUAUGGACGGGGGCGACAGGAUUCUAGUAGCCGCUGGGCUGACAGCGGCGGUCGUCGUGGGGGCCUUUGUUUUGUGGGGUCCCGGAGGAGCCCCGAAGGUCCGCAAGCGUCGGGGGCAGAUCGCAGGGCUCCAGAACCUCGGCAGGACAUGUUUCCUCAACACCAUGCUGCAGGCGCUAGCCGCCUGCCCCACGUUCAUAGAGUGGUUGAGAAAAUACGCGAAGUCUGAUGGCCCCAAUAGUAUGAUUACAACACUCUACACUGUCAUAGAAGUUGUGAAUGGAACUCAUGAAUCAGCUCGAGGCACUCCGGUAUGUCCUCUGGGAGUGCUGCAGGCUCUGCGGGCGGCUGGCUGGGUCGUGCCGGCCGACCAGCAGGAUGCUCAUGAGCUGCUGCAUGUCCUCCUAUCCUGUAUUGAGGAGGAAACUCAAGCUAUGUCUAAGAAGCCGGGGUGUCUAUCAGACGCGCUGGGUCUAGGCGGGUCGCGGGCGUGGUCGGCGCUGGCGUCGCCCGCGUCGCCGCCGUCGCUGUCGAUGACGUCAUCACGGGAGGAGGAGCCCGGGCGCCCCGCCCGCCCCGCCUCCGCCGCGCCCCCUGGAGAACCGGAGCUCAUUAACCAUGUUUUUUCAGAUGAGACUCCGGGCAAGCUAUCGCGUGGUGUUUCACGUUCGUUCUGCCACCUGGGCGCGCUGUCGCGGCGGUGGGCGGGGCUGACCGCGCGCCCGCCCCCCGCGCCGCCCACGCGCGGGACGCUCGCCACACGGACUGUAUGCACCGUGUGUUCAUACAAGAGUCCAGUUCGUUAUGACAAGUUCGACAGCAUAUCACUGUCGAUGGCCAAUGCCACUACUAACUCGUCAGGGACGUACAGCUUAAAUGGUCUGUUGCGCGCGUUCACGGCGCCGGAGAUGGUGAAGGGUGUGCGGUGCAGCAAGUGCAGCCCCGACGACGCGCCCAAGUCAGAACACGCGUACACCAAACACAUACGGACCGUUAGCUUUGGGAAGCUGCCGGCGGUGCUGGUGCUGCACGUGGCGCGCGUGGAGUGGCGCGGCGGCGGGCCCAGCAAGCGCGCCGAGCACGUCGCCUUCCCCGAGCUGCUGAGCCUGGCGCCCUACACCGCGCCCCGCACACAGGAGUCGUCGCCGUUUGCGGGCGCGCCGCUAACUGUGGCGGGAGCGGGCGCGGCGGGGGGCGGGGCCGGUGGCGGGGCGCGGGCGCAGUUCCGGCUGGCGGCGGCGGUGCUGCACGUCGGCGGCCCGCGCUCCGGACACUUCGCGACUUACCGCCGAGGCAACGGCUUUGAGAGCAAACGAUGGUGGUAUACGUCAGACACGCUGGUCCACGAAGUUUCUUUGUCGGAGGUGCUUCGUUGCUCCGCCUACAUGCUGUUCUAUGAGCGCACCGGCGAGCCUCCGCCCAUCACCACACACUUCUAAAGCGGUUUGCGACCCCUGACACUGCACGACAGCUGCUGAGUGACACCACUGGUGUCACACACCUGACGAAUGACGCGCCAGAUGGUUUCAAAUACCUGACAUGUGACGCGCCCGAUGGUGUCACACACCUGAUAAGUGACACGCCUGAUGGUGUCAAACAUCUGACAUGUGACGCACCCGAUGGUGUCAAACGCCAGACAUGUGACGCGCCCGUUGGUGUCAAACACCUGAUAUAUGACGCGCGCUAUGGUAUCAAACACCUGCUAAACCACGCCUACCAAUAUGCGAAGCUUGCUGAAUACGCUACAUUCAGUGGCUUGUGUCAUUACAGUAGUGGUGAAUAUAUGUUAUCCGACAGAUUAUACUGUAUACUGACAAUAAUUUAUUUGGUUGCUGGCAUACUAAUUUUUAUUUUUGUGCAAGUGUUACUUGAUACAUAACAAGUGUAUACUUUGUGUGCAUGACAAACGGCACGAUUUUCGACUCGAAUUAGUAUUUUAGAGGCUAAAAGAAAAAAAAAGUUUAUCAUACAAUUGGUUUUUGUUAUAAAAAACGUAAGGACUUUUAAAUAUGACAAACAUUAAACACCUACUUGUUUGUUAAAAUCACAUUUUGAAAAAAUCUGUGCCAUAAUAUUAUUUAUCUUCUCUUGAUAACUUUUUCAAUAUUAAUAGUAUCGUCUGUCAAGAAAGUGAAGAAAUUAAAAUGUGGCAACAUCGU